ACUCUCCUCGAACGCGCGACGCCGCCGCCAGAGUCUCCGGCUCGCCGCACUUCCCGCCUCGCCGUCGCCGUCGCCGUCGCCGUCGCCCCUCCCGCCGGUAGGAGAAGGUAGCUCGGCGCCUCGGUGACUUGGCGUCGCGCUCUGCGCCCCUGCCGCUCUCGGUCGGUAGGCUCUCGUCUCACGCGGCCCCUUCCACCGCUUCACGCCGCCGGCAGUGAGCAGUCAGCUGCGAGGACCCGCUCCACCGAGAGAGCUAACGCCGCCGCCGCCCGCGGUGCGCGUAGUGCUCGAGACUGCUGCUGGUGUUGAUAGUGUUAUCUGGGAUUUUUAGUCUGAGGAUGGGGAGGGCGAAGAGCAAGGGCCCUAAGUUCGCCGCCGUCAAGAAGAUCAUCACCAAGAAGACCAUCCAGAAGUACAAGGAGGAUGUGUUGAACCCCAAGAAGAAGGAUAACGAGAAGGAGAAGCUCGGGCGGAAUGUGCCUCAGGUCUCUUCGGCGCUGUUCUUCAGCUACAACACAGCGCUCGGGCCGCCAUACCGGGUUAUUGUGGAUACAAACUUCAUCAAUUUCUCCAUCCAGAACAAGUUGGAUUUGGAGAAAGGAAUGAUGGACUGCCUUUAUGCAAAAUGCACACCAUGUAUCACGGAUUGUGUUAUGGCGGAGCUUGAAAAGCUGGGACAAAAGUAUCGUGUAGCAUUGAGAAUUGCAAAGGACCCUAGGUUCCAGAGAUUAGCAUGCACACACAAGGGAACUUAUGCUGAUGACUGUAUCGUAGAGAGGGUUACUCAGCACAAGUGCUACAUCGUCGCAACAUGUGAUAGAGAUUUGAAAAGGAGGAUAAGAAAGGUUCCUGGUGUUCCAAUCAUGUAUAUCACUCGGCACAGGUACUCGAUAGAACGACUCCCUGAAGCUACAAUCGGAGGAGCACCAAGAAUCUGAUCGGCACGGACAUAAAAAAUGGGGAAUGUUUCACUGUUCAACUUGCUGGCCAAGAAUACUGCUGUAGUAGCCUUUUGAAACAAAUGCUGUAGUGAGCUGUGCUAAUUGUAACCACUUCAAAGUUUUGUACCAACCUCAUGAGGAUAUUACUGUUAUCGAGAUCCAAGAGAUGUGUUUGCUUCCUUCUUCGUGUGUCUAUGCCAUUUGAAUGAGGAUAUUACUGGAAGGAAGCAAAGUUUUGAAUUUACUUGUUAUGAAAGAGAAGGCGCUAUCUUUUGCUGA